AUGUGGUCCCUGUGGCUCUGCUGCGUACUGUGGGUGCUACCACUGGCCUGGCCUGCAUUAGCCCUGACCGAGGAGCAGGUCUUAGAUACCCUACUGCAGCAGCUGCAGCUCAGCCAGGCACCCAUCCUGGACAGGGCUGACGUGGUCGGGUUGACCAUCCCUGCCCAUGUGAGGGCCCAGUAUGUGGCCCUGCUGCAGCGCAGCCAGGCUGACCGCUCCCGAGGGAAGAGGUUCAGCCAGAAUUUUCGAGAUGUGGCCGGCAGGUUCCUGGUGUCUGACACCUCCACGCACCUGUUGAUGUUCACCAUGGAGCAGCGGCUGCAGCCCAACAGCGAGCUGGUGCAGGCGGUGCUGCGGCUCUUCCAGGAGCCGGUUCCCAGGACCGCGCUCCGGAGGCACGACAGGCUGGCCCCGCACAGCGCCCGCGCCCGGGUCACCAUUGAGUGGCUGCGCGUCCGCGAGGACGGCUCCAACCGCACCUCCCUCAUCGACUCCAGGCUGGUGUCCAUCCACGAGAGCGGCUGGAAGGCCUUCGACGUGACGGAGGCGGUGAACUUCUGGCAGCAGCUGAACCGGCCGCGGCAGCCGCUGCUGCUGCAGGUGUCGGUGCAGAGGGAGCACCUGGGCCCCGGGGCCACCAGUGCGCACAAGCUGGUCCGCUUCGCGGCGCAGGGGACUUGGCGCGGCGAGGGUCCUGGCGAGCCACAGCUGGAGCUGCACACGCUGGACCUCAAGGACUACGGAGCUCAAGGCAAUUGUGAUCCUGAGGCACCAGUAACAGAAGGCAGCCGCUGCUGCCGCCAGGAGCUGUACUUGGAUCUGCAGGGGAUGAAAUGGGCUGAGAACUGGGUUCUGGAGCCUCCAGGGUUCCUGGCCUAUGAAUGUGUGGGCAGCUGCCUGCAGCCACCAGAGUCCCUGAGCAUCAAGUGGCCGUUUCUGGGGCCACGGCAGUGCAUUGCUUCCGAGACGGCCUCACUGCCCAUGAUCAUCAGCAUGAAGGAGGGUGGCAGAACCAGACCACAGGUCAUCAGCCUGCCCAACAUGAGGGUGCAAAAGUGCAGCUGUGCUUCGGAUGGGGCGCUUGUGCCAAGGAGACUAGAGCCGUAG